AUGCCCAAUACUAUCUACAAUAAUAAUAAAAGACAGGAUGAUGGAAUUGAUAUUCCAAGUGACGAAGGUAUCAACAAUUUUGACGAUUCCCCUUACUUUGAUUACCAUCAUUUAAAGGCCAUUGAAAAUCAUGAUAGCAAGUACCUUUGUCAGAGCCUUUCCGUUUCACCCGCAGCACACCAUCUCUCUGAUUUGCAUAUCGAUGAUGCCCAAGCUCUUCCCACGCUACCACGAGUACCUGAGAAAUCCAGCUUUUUAAAGGAACCCGUUACACAUACCGCGGAUCCAAACGCUAAAUUUGAGGCUAAAGAUGAUGCUAUUACUGCCGAAUUGUGUGUAUUAUACGGAAAUCUUCAGAAAUGUCUUGAUUUACGUGAAAAGUACAUUACUCUCUCCAGCCAACGAUUGAUGGAUGAUCCACGUAAUCACGACGAUUGGGAAAUCUACCCUGCUCCACCCCCCAAAUCAUGGCCCUUGCCCUCGCCCGAAGAAUUGGAGCGUCGCAAAGCCAAAGAGAAGGCUCGCGAGGCCGAUCCGGUUGCUGCAGUCGGUUCCGAUUUUGAUUUCGCUCAGUGCAAAAUCCCUGGUCCUCAUGUAUAUAGCUUUGGCGUUGGUCCUGAUGGGUUUUAUCAAGUCUACAAGAACGAGUUGGAUCAGACUGCUGGACAACCUCUUCAUGCAGUGCCCUCGCCUCGAGAAUUUUACGACGACAUGGAGUUCAUUUUGAGCGUGAUCAGUGAUGGACCCGCCAAAAGUUUUGCUUUCCGUAGACUUCGAUAUUUGGACAGCAAAUGGCAAAUGUAUAUCCUCUUGAACGAGUUUCAGGAACUGGCUGAUUCCAAGCGUACGCCUCAUCGUGAUUUCUACAAUGUCAGAAAGGUGGAUACUCACGUCCAUCACUCUAGCAGCAUGAACCAAAAGCAUUUGUUGCGUUUCAUCAAGUCCAAAAUGAAGAAGAGUCCCGAUGAUGUGGUCAUCUACCGUGAUAACCACCAUCUGACCUUGCGUGGUGUAUUUGAGAGUUUGGGAUUAACUGCUUACGACCUCAGUAUCGAUACCCUGGACAUGCAUGCUCACAAGGACUCUUUCCACAGAUUCGACAAGUUCAAUUUGAAAUAUAACCCCAUUGGAGAGAGUAGAUUGAGAGAGAUCUUUAUGAAGACAGACAACUACAUUCAGGGCAAGUAUCUGGCUGAAAUUACCAAGGAAGUGGUGUCAGAUUUAGAGUCGUCCAAGUACCAGAUGGUGGAAUACCGUGUCUCCAUCUAUGGCAGAUCCAUCGAUGAGUGGGAUAAAUUAGCGAAAUGGGUGGUCAACAACAAGCUGUUCUCUGCCAACGUGCGUUGGUUGAUCCAGAUCCCUCGUCUCUACAACAUUUACAAGGCAUCCAACGCUGUCAACAGCUUCCAGGACAUCAUUACCAAUGUGUUUGAGCCUCUUUUCCAAGUGACAAAAGAUCCCAGCUCCCAUCCUGAGCUUCAUGUGUUUUUGCAACGUGUCAUUGGUUUCGAUACAGUCGAUGAUGAAUCCAAGCCUGAGAAGCCCAUCUUCAAAGACUUUCCCCUGCCCAAGGACUGGACAUCCAGCGUCAACCCACCUUACAGCUACUACUUGUACUAUAUGUAUGCAAACACGGCUGCGCUGAACAAAUGGAGACAGGCACGUGGAUUUACUACAUUGGUGUUGAGACCUCAUUGUGGUGAGGCAGGUGAUACAGAUCAUCUCACAGCUGCCUUUUUGACCUCAUAUGGUAUCAGUCAUGGUAUCUUGUUGCGUAAAGUACCCGCUCUUCAGUAUCUCUACUAUCUCGCUCAAGUCGGUAUUGCCAUGUCCCCACUAUCCAACAAUGCUCUCUUCUUGACUUACGAACGUAACCCGCUUCCUCAAUUCUUCCAGCGCGGCCUCAACAUCUCUUUAUCCACAGAUGAUCCAUUGCAAUUCCACUUUACCAAGGAGCCCUUGAUUGAGGAAUACAGUGUGGCUGCUCAGAUUUGGAAGUUGUCUUCCACUGACAUGUGUGAGUUGGCUCGUAAUUCCGUCAUUCAGUCUGGCUGGGAGAACCAAAUCAAGAACCAUUGGAUCGGUAAGGAUUGGCACAAGCCUGGUGUUGAGGGUAACGAUAUGCAAAAGACCAAUGUUCCUGACAUUCGUGUGGGCUUCCGCUAUGAAACCUUACAUGAAGAGCUGGAAGCACUUCGUCGUUAUGCUCCCAAGGGCGAGUCCACUGAACACGAGCCCCUCAGCAAGAAGGAUUUCGUGGGCGUGGCUGGUCUCGCUGAAUCUUCAUCCAUUCAACAGCAUUUGAUGUUGAAAUCGCCCGUUGAUAAGGGCCAUAUCGGCUCAUUCCCUGGUGCUGGUCUCGUCGCUGAACGUGCUAAACUGAGAUCUGGCCACUAG